AGGGCCCCAAACAAGGCAGCUCAGACAUCCUGCACAAACCGGACCAGCAGCCAACAUGAGAUUUCUGGUGCCGCUUUCUGUCGUCCUUGUUGUGGCAGCAUUUCACUCUGCCCUCUCAGCAUCUCUGGAGUCGGCAGAGAAAGAGGAAGAAGUUACUCAGUAUGAUGGGCUGACUCAGCUGCAGAAAAUAGACCAGAUGGAGUUUGAUGCUGCUCAAAAAGCUGAAGCAGCGCGGAUGAACAUUACAGAGGAGCAGAGUGAAGAUAGCCGCUUUCUUGAGGCUGUUAAGGAUGGAUCUGUAGAGGAACAUGACGAAGAUGAAAGUGAAGAUGAAAGCAAAGCAGAGGGAGCAGCGGAUUCCAACGGUGCCACAGAGGAAGGUGACGCAGAGUCAGAGUCAGAGUCCUCUGAGGGCACUAAGGGAAGGCAAAGGAGAGAAUACCCAGAGACAUCGACACUCAACUGUGUGCUGAAGGGAACACCCAAGAACGAGAUGUAUGACUGAGAAAUCCCUGCAACACGUGGGCCCCAGCGCUUACUCAUCGCCACCCCGGAGCUGCACCCAGCUUUCCAUCAAUAAAAGGGAAAACAAUCCCACCUAUCCUUUUGUUUUCCUUCAGUCACAGGCCAAAACAGGGAAGCUUUGAUUCACAAGAAUUUCUGAAAUCAAGAGUUGCAGACGGAGUAUUUUUUACCAUUUUUAUUGAUUUUUUUUUUCCCAUCCACAAUUGUGGAGCAAAAGAAUGAUGUGCAUUUUAAAAUAAAAAAUAAUCUUUGGUACCUAAAACAAAAAAAGAAAAAAAAAAUAAGGCAACUACAGCAUCUAUAGGUCUGAAAUGCAUUUAGUAUUGCAGUCAAGUGACCACAUGCAACACACUGUAUAUUUGCCCCCAUUCUGAAGAAAAACAGGCCACCUCUGUGCCAAUCGGAUCAGUUCACUUCCAGUUUUAAAACUUGUGUAUAGCUAAAGUAUCCUGUCUCAGAAGGUGCAAAUGGUACAGAAAACAUACUGAAAGUAGCAAUUACAAGGUGAUCUAGAAAAUACAAGGCUAAAGCAGGCCUAAAGCAUUAACCAUCAAGGAUGAUGCAAUCAAGUUUCAACAGGAGACUUAAGGACUCGUUUGGGAAUACAUUAUACACGCUGGUGGACAUUCUGUUACAUCUUAAAACUGAGGUGAACAGUUUCAGGCUGUUUGUGCACGUGACUUCGUUUUCUUUUGUUCAAGAAAUGACCCUUUAAUGCAUACAGUAUUUUCCAUAUUAAUCUGCAAGUGGUCAUCCAGUGUAUACAAUUACAUCUUGCACUGUAACAGAGUCUGGAGAAUAAACCAUUUUAACCAACUUCA